AUGAAUAAGUUAUCUUCGUAUACUAUUAAAGAAAUACACAGAGCAUAUAAUGAUAAGUUUCUCACUCCUACUAAUUUUAUUGAUCAAUGCAUAGAGCGAGCUAAAAAAACCAGUGGAUUUAAUGCUUUUAUUACAUUAACAGAAGACUUAGCUAGACAACAAAGCGUAGUUAGUGAAAAGCGUUUUAAAUCUAACAGUAAAAUUCACCGAUUAGAUGGAAUUUCUGUUGGCAUAAAGGAUAAUUUCUGUACUAAAGGAAUUUCAACAACCUGCGCUUCAAAUAUGUUAAAAAACUUCGUACCCACAUAUAAUGCUACAAUAUACUCUAAAUUGCUUGAUGCUGGUGCCUGUGUAAUGGGUAAGACCAACUUGGAUGAAUUUGCUAUGGGUUCAGGGACUGUCGAUUCAAUGUAUGGUCCUUCUAAAAAUCCAUGGUGCUUAGAUAAAAACUGGAGAAUAGCAGGCGGUAGUUCAGGAGGCAGUGCUGUUGCUGUGAGCAGUGGAGCUUGUGUAGUGGCUAUUGGCUCAGAUACUGGGGGAUCGACCAGAAACCCGGCGGCACUAUGUGGAAUUGUAGGUUUCAAACCCACUUAUGGUGUUGUGUCACGUUAUGGACUUAUACCUCUAGUUAAUUCAAUGGAUGUACCUGGCAUUCUAGCGAGAAAAGUUGAAGAUAUUGCAGCUACUCUAAACUGCAUCGCAGGACCAGAUCAUUUAGAUUCUACUACUAUUCAACAAACAUUUUCACCAGUGUGCAUUAGGAGUGACUUUGAUUUAGCCAAAAUAAGAAUUGGUAUCCCUAAAGAAUACCACUGUAAAGGCAUGAAUGAGGAAGUUCUUGAAACUUGGCAGUUUGUGAUAGAUUUGCUUGAGAGAGAAUGUAUAAUUAGCACAGUCUCCUUACCUCAUACCUCAGUGUCUAUAGCAGUUUACUCUAUUCUGAAUCAGUGUGAAGUUGCUAGUAACAUGUCGAGAUAUGAUGGGCUUGAAUAUGGUCAUCGGGCAGAUACAGAUUAUUCCACAGAAGAGUUGUAUGCCUCAACAAGAUGUGAAGGUUUUAACAAUGUUGUCAGAUCUAGAAUUUUUGCUGGAAAUUACUUUCUAUUAAGGCAAAACUAUGAGAAAUUCUUUCUUAAAGCUCUCAAGUUACGACGACUUAUCUCUGAUGAUUUCAGAUAUGUUUUCAAUGGCGUUAACAGGGUCGACUUAUUGUUAACACCGACUACUCUAUCUGAUGCACCCUUGUAUAACGAUUUUGUCUCUAAGGCCAACAGAGAUCAAUGUGCCCUUCAAGAUUAUUGCACGCAGCCGGCAAAUAUGGCAGGAAUACCAGCUAUUUCUAUUCCAAUUAAACUUUCCAAGAAUAAACUACCACUGUCCUUGCAAUUAAUGGGACCUGCUUUAUCAGAAGAACUAUUGCUGAAUGUUGCUAAGAAAAUAGAAGACUUUGUUAAUUUUCCGACAUUAAAUAUUAGUUAA